AUGCACCCGGCGACACCUGCCGCCUUCCUCGCGCUCAUGGCCUUGGCGCUCUUCGCCUGCUGCCUCCGCUACUGCCGCCGCCCUCGCUCGAUCGAGAGGCAGACGAUGAUUGGACGCGCCGCCGCCCGCUCCGACGGGCGACCCCGCCGGGCGACCCCGCCACGCAGGGCUCACCGGCUCGCCGGCAGUGGCACCGGAUCCGGCAGCAGCAAGCAACUCUUCGACACUGCCUUCGAAAGCGCUCUGCGCAGCGGCGGCUUGGGCGGGUGGCCAAAGCCUCUCCGCAUCGCUCAGGGGCAGCACCAGCUGCAGGAACAGCUGCAGGACCGCGGCUCGUUCGAUUCCUUUGGCGAAGACGGCGGCGGCGACGAGACGCCGCGCACCGGCGGCGGCGCGUUCGAUUCCGCAGCCCCGCACGCCGCCGGCGCCGGUGCGGCUCUCCGCCCCGAGCACCGCUCCGGCGGCCGGAGGCGGGGCGGGGCGGACGAUCACGCGCUCAUCGAGAUCUCGCCGUACGACAACACGUCGGGCGUGGGUGUGCAUCGGAGCGACAGCGUCGAGAGCCGCCUCAGCGACGAGGCGUCAUCCUCCGCGUCCACCGUCUGCUCUGCCUGCCCGCUGACGGCGAGCGGCGCUUCCGCCGCGGGCAGCAGCGCGUCCUCGAGGUCGACGCGGAGAGCGUUUGCGGGCAGCGCGGCGCUCGAGAUCGACACGGAGAGCUUCACCCUCGAGUCUUGGCUGGUGGAGUGA